ACGUUCCUGCCCCUUGGUGGCCCUCGGGCGCCGCAGCCCGGCCUUUGGGGUUCGUUUGGCCGCAGCUCGGGCUCCCGGAGCCUGCCCCGCCCGCCAUGGACAACGGCGGCGUGUACAGCCCGACCACCGAGCCGCAGAGCAAGCCCCGUACCUGCGGGUGCACCUUCGCCCGGCUCAGCCGGCAGCGCCUGCUGCUCAAAGCGGCGCAAGUGCUGCUUUCCUUUUUGGCCUUCAUCCUUGAAGAAAUUGUGGAGAGUUGUAUCCUGUGUGGUGGGCUUUAUUUCUUUGAGUUUAUAAGCUUCAGUGCCACCUUUCUGAGUCUCCUGAUAUUGAUUGUGUAUUGCACCUCUGCAUAUGAUAAAGUUGAGAAGGCUAGAUUAAGGACAUUGGAUUUCUGGGUCACUACAGUAGUGGGAGUUCUCUUUUUUGUAGCUUCCAUUGUGUUUGCUGCAACCAAUGACAAGUCAUCUGUUGAAACUGUUGCAAUUGUGUUUGGCUUUUUGGCAAGUAUAGGAUUUCUAGCUGAUGGUAUUCACAUGUUCAUGGAGAAACGUAAAGUGAAGGAAAAUAAAUCAGAGAACACUGGCAACACACAGAACACACCAGAAAAUCAGCCGCUGAAUAACCAAAUCUAAACUUUAAAAAAGUCCUUUAAUUUCUAUGAGUUAAAUUAAUCAAGAUGAAAAAUUUUCAUUUCCCUACUUAUUUCACUGCAUUGAGGGUAACUUUGUCUUCUCUCUCUUUUGCAUCUAGCCAGCUUUGUACAAGUCUGACCCAAUCAUAAGCUUUUAUAGACUCUUAAUUUUUUUAACAAUAGUAUGUUGAGCAUCAGGGUUUGUACAAUUCUCCAUCUAACUUGUCCUGAUUAAUAACUGUUAGAGGGACAUUCUAAAAGGAAGACAUUGCCUCCAAAUAGAUUUUUUUAUUUAAACAUAAAAUAGACAUCAGUAACUGAAAGCACUGAGACUUCUGAGAAGAAUGACUGUAAUACAGGCGAACUCUUCAGGCUUAAAUUCUGAGUUAUGUUUUUAAAAUAUUUAAAUUUUAUGUAAAUACAGCAGGCUAGAAUUAGAAUUCUGUUGCAUUAAUUCACACCUACCUAUGUUGGUGAUAUCCGGCUUCUUGCCUCUGAUACUAAGAAUGACUUAGUACAAUAAAAUCCCUUCCUUGUUUUAUCGGUUAAACUGAAUGUAAAAGGGAAACUAAAUUUUGCAAUCUCAUAGAGGUUUCUAUCCCCAAAUGAGUUGUUCUUUACUUUGAUUUUAUCUUGUGUGUCUUACUCCAUACUUCUAGAUUCUGUUUUGUGUCUCUGAAAGUCACUGCUCUUUUUUAAAGGCAGUCGGUAAAACAGAUACAGCUAGCUUGUGUGUAUUUGAUAGUCAAGUGGUAUAUCAUAGAGUGACCUUUGCACUCCAUAUUUGUGGAAGUUUAAAGCUGUAAGUGAUGCAUUCUUUAAAAAUAUCGUUAAACCCAUUAAAGAAAGAAGAAAUUUGAAAAUUAGCCUUAAGAGGAAAGGUUAAGAGGCCAAUAUUUUCAGCCUAGAGGAAAGAAAACUGAGAGGAGACUAACUGCCUACAAACAGUUAAAGGGAUAUAUUUUUAAAAAAGAGGGAGCAGGGACCAAUUAAUCCUUUCAGUUCAAGAGGGCAGACAAAAAGUAAUUAGCUUAAGCUUUGCCUGGGAAAGUUUAACUUAAAAAUAAAAUAAUGAAACUUUGGCACCGUUCCAGUGCACAGUGGGGGGAGGGAUAGCUCAGUGGUUUGAGGAUUGGCCUGCUAAACCCAGGGUUGUGAGUUCAAUCCUUGAGGGGGGCCACUUAGGGAUCUGGGGCAAAAUCACUGGCCCUGCUAGUGAAGGCAGGGGGCUGGACUCAAUGACCUUUCAGGGUCCCUUCCAGUUCUAUGAGAUAUAGAUAUAUGUAUAUAUGGAGAUAUACCUAAGAUGAAUGGUCAUGAAAGUUGAUUAUUGUUUGUCCUUGCUCCUGCAUGCAGCUCAGUUGGUGACUGGAUAAAUAAGUAAGUAAGCAGUUGUAUAAACUUCUAGACUUAAGACAGCAGCCCCUGGGAUGAAAAGGGAAGCUAUUAGUGAGCAGUGGGUUAGGCACAAGCAGUGCAAGGAUGCAAAAGACCAGACAGGUUGAGUCACAUAUGCAGGGCAGUGGUGAAAACACAUUCUUCAGAUGUUUGAAGGGUGGGAUUUUUUUUCUCUGUGGAAGGGGAAAAUGAGAUUCUUACACCUGCAAGGGAGGGCUAGGUAAGCAGGAUAAAUUGUAGUAAACUUCCAAGAGAACAUGAGGCGCUCCAAGUAUAUAUUUAACAA